GCUAGUAGUUGAUAAAUAGCACAUUUAUCGACGAACAAUUUAGUAUAAAGAACCUCUUUACAAAUUCCGGUUGCAAUCCUCAACAUGGCUUGUAAAAUAUCCAUGACACUACCUGGUGGCUAUAAAAUGCCUGCUGUUGGUUUGGGAACAUGGGAGGCAAAGAAUGAAAACGAAUUAGAAUCAGCUCUAAAUGCUGCCUUGAAAGCUGGCUACAGACACUUUGACACCGCCUUCGUUUACGAUAACGAAGUGCUUAUUGGAAAAAUUUUGAAAAAAUGGUUUGAUUCCGGUAAAAUUAAGAGGGAGGAGCUGUUCAUCACCACAAAAUUACCCGUAUUUGGUGUUCGUGCUAGCAGUGUUGAGGAAUACAUGAAGAAAUCUCUGGAAAAUCUGGGUUUAGAAUAUGUUGACUUGUAUUUAAUCCAUUUCCCUGUGUGCAUGAAACUCAACAGCGUAGGUCAGAAAAAUGUUGAAACUGAAAUCACCGAUCACAUCGCCGUUUGGAAGAAAAUGGAAGAACAGGUGGACGCUGGACGCACCAGAUCAAUUGGCCUGUCAAAUUUUACCCGUCAACAAGUCGAAAAAAUUCUAAAGUCGAAUCCAAAACACAAACCGGCCAAUUUGCAAAAUGAAAUUCACGUGUACAUGCAACAACAAGACUUGGUUAAUUACUGUCACCAAAAUGGAAUUACAGUCACUGCCUACUCUCCACUGGGAUCACCGGGAUUUAACAAAUUCUUGGCGUCCGUAGGUUUUGAGCCCAAAGAAAUUCCAGACAUGCUAAGCGACGAAACAAUUAAAGGGAUCGCCAAAAAACACAACAAGACAAACGCACAAGUUAUGUUGAGAUAUCUUCACCAACGAAACAUUAUUGUGAUCCCCAAGAGUGUCACACCCUCUAGACUAAAGGAAAACAUUGAUAUUUUCAAUUUUGAACUUGACGCUAAAGAUAUGGCUGCUCUUAAUUCUUUGGAAGUUGGUCCAAAGGCACGAGUCUGUGAUUGGGGAAUUUUUCUAGGAUUGGAAAACAAUCCCGAAUACCCUUUCUAAAAAUGAGAUACGAACUUGUCUAUAAUCAUUGACAAUAAAAUAUUUUUUUUUAUUUUAAUUAAAUUUAAUGAUUUAAAUCCAAAUAUAUAGUAUAUUGUUAAAACUAUAAA